CGUAAUAGGUUAAGAGGAUAGCUUCUUGUAUAAGUGGUAUAAAAAAAAGGAGGAACUUUAGGUUUUGAGUAAACCCACCAUGGAGUCGAACAUGAACAGCAUUACCAUGAUGUCCUACUGGAAGAAUCUUUGCUGUGUUUUGUUGGUGGUACUGAUGGGUAAAGGUGUAUCAGGUUUGGGGGCCAAGGUGAGGAUUUCCUGGAGUGGCGAGGUGACCGCUGGUACCAGCACCACUUUCACCUGUUCUUCUUCUUGUUUCCCAAACUGCAUCUACACCUGGUCCUUUAAGGGCCGUACAGUCAAUGGGAGCAAAUUAGCCUGGACACCAGAUGGACUAGACAGUACAGUUGAACUGCAGUGCACUGUCCUCAAUCCAGAAACAGGACUCUCCAGCAGUGCAACCUCCAUUUUGGAAAUUAAAAAUCCAGUGUCUGUGAAAGUCAGUCCACCAAACAGUGUCCCAUCUCUCAACCACCCACUGAAUCUGGUCUGCCAUGAUGCGACAUCAGGUGACCUCCAUCACCCAUCGGACCUGGUCUGGUACAAAGAUGGACAGAAAGUGAGCCUGCGUGAGAACAUGCGGCUGCUGCAAAACAACCUCACGCUUCACUUUGACUCACUGUUGCCGUCUGAUGCUGGAUUCUACCUCUGUGAGACCUCUCUACAGCAGACAAGAGUUUCCAGCCUGGGCUACCUGCUCAACUUUGAUCCAUGGAAUGUCAGCAUCAGCGGACCUGACAUUGUGUUUCCCGGCAGACUAAGUCAGUUCACCUGCCUAAUGAGCUGUACCUUAAAUGUUGAGUGUACUGUCAGAUGGCCAUUUAAAGGAGGUUUCCCCAUUGGAACCUUCUUGUCAAUCCAUGCAAAUGAGCUCAAGUGGACCCCUUCUAUACCCGGUACUUUCCAAAACUUCACCUGCGUUGUAGAAAAUGUAGCUGCUGGACUCUUUGCCGAGGCCACCAAGACGGUAGAGGUUAAAGGCAUUCCUGUCUCUGGAUCUGAAGUGGUGCAGCUUCACAGACUGUUUGCAGUGAUCCUCAGCCUGGGCCUGCUGGUACUGCUGGUAUUCUGAACUUACUGUUUAAGCUUUACAACACAAACCUUUUUACUUAUUUCUAUUACACCCCUGUUCUUAUUCAUAAAAAAUACCUGUUAAACCUUGUCAUGUCAAAAUUAGACUGCUUCACCAAAAUCUACAAAGCCAAAGAACACAGAAAAAGUUUAGUGACCACAUCUUCAUUUACUCAUCAGUUAUUGUGCAACAUUAUAGGUGUAAUAACAUAUUUGUUUUAUGUGACAGGCAGAGUCAGAGCUAACGCCCAUUCGACAAUAAAACCUGAUAAUUUCCCAAAUUACACCAGUACGUGUCGUGUUGUUUCAUCAUGACUUUGAGGUAAUCUGAACACAACGUUUCACCCAUCGUAUAUACAGACACAGUAAUUCUGUUUGUAUGAGGGAUAUUGCAAUAUUUGACUCCACUGAUUGACUCCAGUUUUUCAGCAAUCAGCUUUCAUCACAUAAUUUCUUUUACUUAUUUUGUUGACUACUUCUGUUUACUUGUUUGUUAUUUUACUGAUGCUCUUACUAUUGUUUUAUCCCCUUUGCUGCUAUAACACAACAGAUGUCCCAGCUGUGGGAAUAAUAAGGGAUUAUUUUAUCAUGUUGAAAAAUGUUAAAAUAUAACUCAUUGUAUAAUUAAUGUUUCUGAUGGUCACAUGUUAAUUCAGAACUGUCUGUCUGAUGACAAUGCCCAUUCUUGGUGUUUCCUCCUCAGCCCUCACAAAGUGGAUUUAGCAUAAUGAGGCUUUGUCUGACUUGAAGACUUGUCUGACCUUGUGUGUGUUACUGAUUCACUCACACAUUGAAAAGAGGUUUUUGUGAAGUCAGCUUUUAUCUAGAGAAUAAAAUGUGUGAACCCUGA